UACGCCAUAUUGAGAGAGGCGAGUGUUGACCGAAUGAACGCGCGGCCUAGGUGUUUACGCGGUUCCGGGUUAAAGCCGUGGUAAGUGCGAAUCGAUCCCGUGCCGUUCGUCUGGCGUACGCACGACGUGAAGACGCUGCGCCGUGACAUGCGUGCUACUCGAGCGCAGAGCGCUGACAUGAGCGGCAGCGACGGUGAGGACGGACCGCGUGAGAGAAGCAUCGCCAGCACGAACAGCAUCGCCACCGGGAAAAACGGCGAACUCACGAUGGAAGACAUUCCAGUGGGAACGGCGGCAAUAAUAAGGAAGCUGAUCGGGAUGAACGUCAACGAGGAGUCGUUGUUCGACGAGGACGCCGUUGCCGUCGGCGACCACGAUUCCACGCGGAAGCGUCGCGACGCGAACGCGCCAAACGACCACGAGGACGGGGACGUGCGCGUCACCACGGACUCCGCUCAGACCGGGUGUGCAACGGUUGACAAUGAGCUGAUCAAAGCGUUCAUAAGAGGUGUGAAAUUGGGAGUCACUAUGGAUCGUUGUAGUCCACCUCAAAUAAACACUGACACACUUGUCAAUCCGUUCUCCUCUACGGCAGCUAUAGACAGCACAUCGCGCCACGAGAAAGAGUCCUGCUCCUGUGAUACUUACAAAGCUAAACGAGAUAUGUUUAGAGAGGAGUUGCAGAAAGCUAUGAAAUUCCAAAACCUAUGGAUUGAACUGCGACAGUGUAUACGCGCUACUUUUAACGUCGCCCUGGAAAUAGCUCAUGCGUCAGAUCCUCCAGAGCCCCAACAUAGAUUAUCUAUGAUCGAUAUGCACGAUACUGUUAUUCAAUUAUGUAAAAGGGAUCCCCACCAGCUCUUCAUGAGGCUAGUGAGCCAGGCACAGGAAUUCGUGUUGGAAGUAAAAGUUCGGUUAUUAGCACUUCUGCACGAUCGUAGCGUAAGCAAUUUAGCGGAAAUUUUCCUCACUGGGCUGUUGGUCGACUAUGACGCUCUCGUGUCGACAGCGAUCCAGAUUUCUGAGUUAGUGAAACCACUGAAAGAAUAUCUCUUCAAAUUUAAUUUGACGUGGGAUUGUUUCAUCAAAAAGUUAUAUCAGAUUUACGUUUACAAUGAUCCUUUAGUGCAGAACAAUUUACCUACGUUUAUCAGUCAGCUGAGAAAACUUCUGCCGUUGAAAGGCUCGGAAUACCAAGGUCUUGUUCAUAGGUAUUUAUCUUUCGACGACGAGAUGACGAGGAUCGGUAAUUUAUGGCCUGAGACGGAACCAUGGAUGGAUAAAUACAAUGCAGAACAAGCCGUUCGUAUGACCAGACUUAGGCAGAUCAGGGAGGCCUGGGAAUUGUUUACAGCAACGCGCAAGCUCAUGGAGCACAACAUGCUGAACAAAACAUCUGAUAUUGGAAAAAAUUUGUUUUGUUACAGUGAAAUGCAAGAGAUCCACGGGCAGUUUUCGACGCUUAUUGCACAUACGUCUGAAAACGACAGUCGCCCUUCAAGUCCUAUCCUUGACUUUAAUUCGGAUUCUAUAGCUAUGCCGCCGAGCAUAGAGAUAGUCCAGAUAUUGUUGGAUGAUUGGAAUAAGGCGCAACAUCAAAAACUAGCAGAUAUAGCUGGAGCAUUGACUGCCAGCGAAGUGGAUGCUGUUGGACAAAAUGAUUCCAAUGAGUACACACGUAUAACAAUGCGCCACUUGGCGCAAUAUGCCAUUAAAUCCGUCAGGACCAACAGUGAUGACUGCACCUGUGUAGAGAAUGGACUCGACAAUGGGAAAGAAUGCGACUGUCAUUGUACUUGCAAUGGAACGGAAGUGGACCAUACCACUACGCAAUAUAAAAUAGAAAAUGUCACAGAGGAGAAAGAUGAUACAAAUUCUUCUCCGCCUCUUAGUAACGGAUUUCCAGAAGAACCUGUGAACUAUACAGCGACGCAAGUUAAAAAGAAGUUAGACAAUUUCAAUGACGAAGAAACAGACAAGAAAGAGCCCGGCGUGCGCAAUAUUUUGCAUAAAGACACCGUCACGAAAACACCGGAACCGGAGCCUUGUUCUUGUGUUUAUCAACAUGCGAGAGAAAUAGCGGAAAGGAAGAAGGAAAUUCUGGAAAACCCACCUUGUCCUUGUCUGCUGAACUCGAGGCGCAAAUGGGACACGUGUCCUUGCUUGACCAAAUCAGCUGUACAGCCUACAACGGUUCUAGCAAACGGUCGCCCCAAGACAAUGUCGCCAGCUCCUGUUACGAAAGCCAAUCAAGAGUCGAGCCAGAAAUCUGCAGUAAAGACCGGUUCUACGCAAUCUACGCAGACCCUAAUGAGGCAUUCUACCACGCAAACAUCGAGCACGACUCACAAUCAUAACAUGCAUCAGGGUACCAUUCAUCCGUUCCCUCCUGCUCCACUGACGGAUCUGACGAAAAACACAGCUGCAUCCUAUCCCAGAUUUUACAUGUAUAACAAUCAUUCACCGCACGCAUGCCACAGACAAGCCAAUGUUGAGCACAUCAAGAGAGUGUCGUGUAAUGAUUUGAGUUCUGGGGAUGGAGACUGUUCGGAUUCGGUUAGCAGCCAGGAGGACUCUUGUUCUACCAGUAGCUCCGCACAGCGGGACGUAAACCGACACUGUGACUGUUGUUACUGCGAGGUCUUCGGUCAUGGAGUUCCAUCGGUUGCGCCCGUAAGCCGGAACUACAACGAGAUGCGUGAACGACUGCGGCAGCUGUUGACGAAGAAGAAGGCUAAGAAAUGCAAAGUCGCCGGUUGUAGUCCGCCGAAAAGCCCGUCGGGAUCGUCACCUCCUAAUACUAAUCCCGAAUCUAAAGCUGCGGCCAAUUCCGUUCUCAGAUCAAAUACUCCAAUUUCGACGACAUCUACAGUUCAACCAGACCAACGGGAUCAACGGAAUUUAGAAGAAUUAUUGGAAUUCAUUGAGGGCAACCAUAAUAGCAAGAAAGAUAAUAACAAAAAGGCCGAGAAGAAAGCAAGGCAGAAGCAACGGAAACUCGAAGAGAAGUUGAAGAAGGAUCGACAGGAAGCGCAAAGACAAAAGUUAAUAGAGUUACAGAAGAAAACGCCUGAAGUAACCAUCACUGUUGUCGAUCCUAAGAAGCCUCCACCUCGGAGAUUUUUGCCUCAGUGUGGUUUACCGGAAGUGUCUAUCCUGCCAACAUCUUCGCGGGUGUCUUUACCUACCAUAAAACAGUUGAAUGACAAGAAGAAGGAUAAGCAAGAGGUUUGUAGUGAUAAUAGUAAUAGCAGCGGCUGUAUUAGUAUUAAUCGUUCGAAUACAAAAACAAAGACGUCGUCUGCCAAUUUAAAUGCAAAAAGCAAAAGUACGGAUAAGUGCGAAAUACGAAAUACGAAUCCCAAUCAAGGAAAUAAAAAUAACGCAAAAAACGACAAAGUUGAAUCCAACAAGAGUAACAAGCCUCUCGCGAAUGUUAACACCGUAUGUACGAAAAACGGUUCCGGUAAUAAUACAGAUAAAUCAUCCGAUGUUAACCUUCUCGACAAUAAGUUGACAAAGAAGGAAAGGAAAAAAUUGAAAAAAGAAAUGAAGAAGUUGGAGGAAGCAAAGGCGAAGGAGUCCGGAGAUUCGGCGCAAACGGAAUCUCAGCCGCAGAUAGUGACUAUUAAGAGAGUCCUCGAAUCGAACAGCGUCGAGCCCACAGUCACGAUCACUUUGAAGGGUCAGACACCGGCCGAGGAUAAAGUAUUAUUCACUCUGGUGAAUGGACAGACCAAGGAACCCUCUAACAAGUCGGAGCAAGAGCAAAACCAAAGCAACGGUGGGAAGAAGAAGAAGGUCAAGGCGAAUAAUAACAAUAAUGCUUUGCAACAAGGAAACAAGUUGCAGCAGUCGAACAAUUCGAAGCAGCAGACAGUGACCAAAGCUGGCGAUGGUAAGAAUCUGAAACAGCAAGCGAAUAAUGAAAAGUCGAAGACCGGCAAGCAGCAGGCGGACGAGAAGAAAGCUCAACAGCAAACUGUCAAUGAGACGAAAAAUUCCAAGUCGAAGAAGGACAAGAAGAACACGGAAAAUAAGGAGAACAUGUUGCAGCAGCAGAACACAUUGAACAAGACCAAGAAUCAACAAAACGCCAACAAGAAGCAAAAUAAAGUAAGCACGCCUCCUCAGACGCCGGUGUCGCAGAAACAACUACAGAAUCAUAAUAUUACGAACGAAUCCACGACUGGUAAGAAGGCAAAGAAGCAACAGCAGCAGCAGCAGCAAGAUAAAAAUUUACAAUCCAAUUCUAAUAAGAGCAAUAAAAACAUUAGUAAUAAUAACGCAAAUAAGAUAAUGAAUAAAAACGAUUCUCAGAAAAAUGUAAAUAAGACAAAUCAAACUACUACCGCCAAGCAACGCUCGCCUACGGAGGUCCAAAACACGUGUAAUGAACGAGUUAACUCGCCGCUCAGCAGUCAAUUCAAAGAUAUUGGUCCGAAUUCUAAAAUCGACAUUGAAAAUCUGAAGCUACCGCCAGGCAUCACGAUCACGAAGGUGGAUGCUCCAGCGAAACCGAUUCCUAUCAGACCUGCUCCCAUGCCGAAACCGGUGAACCCUCCUAAACAAACCACUAUCAUCGCUGCACCGAUGAGUGGGGUGCAGUCAAGUUAUGCCAGUUCACAAGCUGGUGGAAAUGUCAUUGUAGUGGACACGGGGAAGCUCAAGCAAGACUUGCUGCCAAAGACCAACGAGAAAGAUCCGCCAAAAGAGUCGCAAGUUCCGAACACUACUAGUAGCAAGAAGAAGAAAAAGAAGAACAAGAAUUCGGCGAAUAACUUGAUGGCUUCUACGUCGCCGGUACAAAGCAACGAUGCAUUCGCGAACGAUCACAGUGUAAUCGACGAGCCUGCCAGAAUAUUGCACAAUCCUGGCACAAAUAUGGUGACCAUAAGGAACCCUUCAUUCGGACCGAUGAAAGUGCCGCCGACGCAACAAGCUGCCAUCAUAAAGGUGUCGGAAAACGGCAUGGUGACGAUCAGAAGUCCGGCUUUGCAGCAGGCGAUCAAUGCCGGCCUAACGUCAGCUCCCAGGCCGGAUUACAUCGUCAAGGGAGACAUGUCCAGCAACAGGAUGUCAACGACGAUGACGUCCGACGGCGCGAACACGAAGCAUGCAAAUGGCGUUUUACCGCCAACCCUGGCGGAAUUGCGCAGCCGACUAGCGCCAACCGACUGCGCGUCCUUAUCCGGGCUGGCCAACAUACAGAUUAGCAAGGUAACGAAUGGCCAACCGAUACCUGAAAACGGUAUCAAUCUGAAGGGCACCAGUGUGACCCUGACGAAGGUGAAACAGACUGACCCGACUAUGGAAGACGUGAGACAGUCGAAGAACACGGUGAAGGAGGCGAUGAGUGCCUCAAUUGCGGCUACUGGCAGUGGCGGCGGCGGCGGCAGCAGUAGCAGUGGCAGUAACGGCAAAAGCAAGAAAAAGAAAAAGCGCGGAGGCGGCGGAACGAGACAGUGCGGAGAUGACUGGAACCUCGUUGAGAGCGUAUUCACGCCCAAAGAUAUAGACCUCGAGGACGGGGAGAUGGACGACGCUGAGCGGGAGCUGGAGGCUUUCAAGAGGUUCUGCCUGCAAUCAGUGCCGCCGCCGCGCAAGGAGAAGGUCAAUCUCAAUCUCAAGGACAUCGUGUUCAAGAAGAAAUCAUCGUCGUCGUCGUCAUCCUCCUCGUCGUCCUCGUCCUCGUCGACGGCGGCGGCGACAGCGGCGGCGACGACGACCGCCACCGUGAUAGCAGCCAAUUGAUCUGUCAAAUAAUCUCGCGUCACUGUGCAUUCGCGGUGCGCGACCAACUGCCAAAGUCGCGGUCCGAUAUGCGCCCGGGACGCGACAAUAAGGACUGAUUUGCGUCCACGUCAAUGUCAAUCUCACGUUCUCGUGGAAGGUACAAGCGCGACGCCUUCAUAGGUGUAAUAAUAGCGAUUUUCUAGCGCGGAAACGGAAGAGGAGGAGGCUCCUUCGCGACGCGCACCGGGGAACGAUGGCGAGACGAUCGCCGGAGGAAGAGGGAACGCGAUCGCACCGAGUGUGACUCGCGUUCUUCGUGAAUCCCGCGUUUCUCGGUGAUGGGCGAUUUGUGUGACGAUUAUUGAAACGCGAAGACUCGUGAAUAAGAAAGACGGGAACAUGGAGAAACACGACGCGAACGACCGCGACGGCGGAACGAACGACAUCACUGUACAUGUUAUCUUUGAGUUAUAUUUAGGAAGCGAAUUCCUAUGUCGCGAAUUGAUGAUGGUUAUGAUGAUAAUGGUAAUGUUUGCGAUGAACUUGUUGAUCGUCUGGAUCGUCGGUGUGAGAAUACUGUUAGGCGACGAGAUCAGUUGCAUUUGUAAAAACGCUCGGCCUGGCCGAGACACUAUAAAUAACGCGAUUGUUUAGUAUAAUCGUAGCGAGUGUCGUCGUCAUCGUCUUGCGUAUAGCGGCCAGAGAACUUCUAUAUCGCCGGCAGUUGGCGAAGAAGAAGAAGAAGAAGAAGAAGUGUCACUCGAUACAAUUAUCGAACACGCGGAACACAUACACACGUACACACACAAAGGCGUACGCAUGCACAUGCAAAGCGCGUUUAUAGGCAGAUAAACACGACGAACAUAUACACAUACACACCUACACUCUGUCUCUCUUCUUUCCUUUAUUUUCCAAUAAAAGCAAAUUCGCGUUUCUACCUAUUUAGAACGUCUAUAUUACUUCUAUGUGUCUCUCUGUAUCUAUAUUCUCCUCGUACGAAUAGUCCAUACUAUUAGCGUAGUACAACACACACCGCGCAGGUUUAUAUAUAGACAUCAUUCAACAAAUGUACGUCGCAAUGUUUCUUAUUGUAUUGUAAUUAAAGUACUUUUUAUACGGUAAACACAUGAGACUGAACGCGAAAGAAAGAAAGAGAAA